AUGAACCUCGUCCGCAUGGACUUCAUUAACGAGACUCUGCGCAGUCAUAUCAAAAUCAACGCCGGCGUGCCCGACGAACAGAAAACGUUUGUGCCCGGCUGGAACCACCACAACGUGCUGCCGGGCCCUGUGGCGCAAUCCAUACAGACAGAAAUCGACAGACGCAUCGCACUGGAGCUCCGCCAGCUGCGGCUUUCGUGUCUCGACAUCGGCUGUGGCGGCGGCAUCUUGUCCGAAUCGCUUGCCCGGUUGCCCAUGGUGGCGUCCGUGCGAGGAAUUGACCUCAGCCCGGAGGUCAUUCGCGUCGCCAACCAGCACAAAGCGCUUGACCCGGCGAUUACAGACAAAAUCGACUAUCAAUUAAAAUCAAUAGAACAGCUCGACAAAGACGAUCAAUACGACAUCGUCACCAUGAUGGAAAUGCUCGAACACGUCGAAUAUCCCGCGCUCGUGCUGCAGACGGCAAUGCAGCACGUCAAAAAGGACGGUUUUCUGUUUCUAUCCACCAUCAACAGAGACCUCGUCUCGUGGCUCACGACGAUCGUCUUUGGCGAGUACGUGCUGCGAAUCGUGCCUGUCGGAACGCACACUUACUCCAAGUACAUCGACCGGCGCGAGAUCGCCGAGUUUGUGGACGGAACACAGUUCCGCGUCGUCGACGCUAGAGGAUGCACCUAUCUCCCGCUCCAGGGCUGGGUAUUCACCAGCUUGCCCGACACGGGCAACUAUUUGAUGGCGUUGCAGCGCACCGAAUAG